CUCCUUUCCUUUACGGAAGGGCUUUCUUAACCUCUGGGUUGGAAGAGAUGUCAGAGGCCAUUGAUUCUAGCCAGAACUAGAAUGUCCUGUAAAAUAUGCCCCCAAGGGGUCAGUCAAUAGACAUAUCCAUCCACUCUCCUCUGGAAGACCACCGAUGAGGAGGAAUUCAUUUGCUCCAGACAACUCAUUCCGCUCAAGAUAGUGGGAAGUUUUGUGGUUUGUUUUUCCCGACUGUGGAACUGCCAUCUGCCUUCGUGCCCUUGAAGUAGGGACUGUUUGCUUUUUGCCUCUGUUCUCCACCUCUCCCCCAUCCUCAGCCCCUGAGCCUAGCAUAAUGCUAAUCCCUCUUCCAUUCGACAAUUCGUAAAUACUUGAAGAAAGGAGGGAGCACCUGAUCCGAGCUAGGGCCAGUGCUGAGCGCUUUGUAAAGAACUCAUUUGGUCCUUUGCAGACAGCUAUCUUUAGCCAUCCUCAGUGUUCUGCAGAGGGAGCAAAGGAACCUCGCACAGGCUGGAGGCAUGCUCCCCAGCCGCAAAGAAAUCCGGACAGUGGCCUUUUCCUGCCCGACCGAUCGAGGGGCGGGGUCAGCAAAACAAGUUAUCAAGACCCAGGUCAUCGAGGAGCGCUUUGGACCCAAUGUGGUAGCUGUUCCCUUCCUGGCAGAUGCAGCAUGCUAUGACCUCCUCGGAGUGCUGGUGAAGCAAAAGUCAAAGCCACCUCCGUGGCUCAUCCGUGCCCGCCUAGGCCUAACCUUUCCCCUUGGGCUUGGUCUCCCACGCCGGGGUCAGAGGGCUCUGCUCCCCGUGGGACCACUGCCAGGGCUGCUGGAGCGGACGAGUCCUGAAGGUGCCUUUGCCCACUGCACGAGGGAGUACUCACCCAAGGGCAGGGCUGAGGUAGGCUAUGAGGAAACAAGACUGGUAGAUGGGCAGCCCUGCCGCAUUAGCCUGCAGCUUGGGGGCUUGCGCAAACGUGUGGCCUUUCUGCUGCUCCCACCCGGCCAAGUGGGUCUCCAGCCAGCCCUGCCCUGGCUCCGAGGCACCCACAGCAUUUAUGUCAUCUACCAAGUCUUCUCCUGCUCCUGGCUGCAGCUGGCACUCGCACCCACAGCCUGUGAACCCCGCCAGCUGCGCCUUCAGCACCCCUUGCCAGUAGCAUUUUCUUGCCUCAAGUUUGCACUGCAGCCCAAGGGCAUGCUGGGCCCACAGAGGCCACUGACUGGGGACAAACUGCCUCGGGAAGCCAGCUGGGCCCGGCCGGGUCCCGAGUCCACAGUGAACUCAGUGCUGACCCCACCCCUGGUCUCAACCCUUUCCAAUACCCUACUUGAUAGCGACAGCCCACCCUCCCAACAGCCACCCACACCGCCCAGCCAGGGGGCCCCAGAAGGACGGACGAGCAGGUUCUCCUAUAAGGGUCGAAACCCCUUCCGAAGGAGACCAAACAUGCUGUCAGGUACCGGGAAAAGAAAAGAGAUCUGGCUCUUCAGCCCCCGAAACCCCUCAUCAGGGACCCAGGGCGGGGGCCCAGGGGACCCGGACCGGCACUCCAUGUCCCUGCCUCUGCUGCAGGGCCUGUCAGCGGAAUUCGACAGUGAUGACUAAGGGGGAGGGGGAGGCAGGAGGAAAGGGGCUCAGCCCCAAGGCUUGGUGCAAGGAGACUAGUCCCCAAUAAACACCAGCUGCUACUCCCCCAAACCA